AUGAGCCGUAGAUUUGUCUGUCGGCUGCUGUCCCAGCAUCAAUAUAUUCGCCAGAUCUCUGAUUUUCGAGCCACCAAGCAAAGCUCCCCACUAAGAAUACUGUUCUGUGGCUCAGACACGUUCAGUAUACAUUCACUGAGGGCAUUGUACGAAGCACAGAAAUCAGAAACCGCCAAUAUCAUCUCAAUAGAUGUUGUCACCAAGCCAGACCGAAGCUAUGGACGGGACAACAAAAAUGUCUAUGUCUCUCCUAUCAAGCAAGAGGCACUCUCACUUGGACUUCCCAUACACCAGAUAGCCACCUUCACUGGCUGGCAACCCCCUGUGUACGACUCAACAUUCAAUCCUGAUAUAAAUCUGAUCGUCGCCGUGUCCUUUGGUUUGCUAAUCCCCAGGAGGAUUAUCAAUGGUGCUGAGUACGGUGGAUUGAACGUCCACCCUUCAAUGUUGCCCGAUCUUCGAGGUGCAGCUCCUCUCCAGUGGACGAUUAUACACGGCUUGACCACCAUGGGAGUGUCGGUGCAAACUCUGCACCCAACCAAAUUCGACGCCGGUGUAGUGCUUGACCAGACCCCUCAACCAGGAAUCAAAGUGCCCCGCCUCGACACCGUCACUCCUGACGACCUCAUCCCCAUCCUAGCUCCACUAGGAGCAUCCAUGCUGGUCGACGCCAUCAAAAAUCAACUCUACGUUCCGCCAUAUUCUCCAGUCAAGUCACCGCUGCGCAAAGACGAAGCAAAGUUGGCACCCAAGAUCACCACUGAAACAUGUCAGGUCGAUUUCCAAACCAUGACGGGAGAGUAUUUAUUACGCUUGACCCGGGGGGUGGGAGCUACCCGGCAACUUUGGAUUCAAGCACAGUCGAUUGAUGGCCAACAGCAUACGCUGAAAUUGUUCGAUUUAAGAGAUGCCACGGAGCAUGAGAUUCCCCUAGAUAUACGGAAGUUGGUAUCGUCCAUCCCUAUCGGGCUUCCCUACUCAAUUGUCCACCGAAACCACAAUGUCUUGAAUUGCCAGAACCCCCUUUUCGUCAAUGUCAUGUCAGAGAAACCGACCCGCAUCCGUACAUUAUGCAUCCCUAACCUGACUGUCGCGGGCAAGUCAAAAGCUCCAGCGGCCCGUGCAGCAGCUGGAUCGAAUUUCUUUGUCAUGGCCGCCAAAGUCGAUGCUCACAUCUUGUACACAUUUGCGGAUCCGGCAAGCACUCAGGUGGACGCGAACGUGGAAGCGACAUCUAUCGGAUAGCCACACCAGCAUCUUCUUGGUCAGCAGGUACCUUUGUUUCUAUCAUCGUAUUCCUUACCGACAACAGUCGACACUCCGGUCUGAGAUGAGUUCUUGGCUAGAGAAAUAAAAGCAUCUGCACAAUCGUCGAGAAAUGUCUGAUGUGGCGAUCAGUAAACGGCCUCACCACUGGCGGCAGGAUCAGUAUACCUCGUGUUUCAACGCUGCCAUGUUUUUAAUGGCCUCAAUCCUCUCUUCAGAGUAUUUCAAGCCCUUAUCGACAAUUAGUCACAUUUAAUCCACCGGAGGAUCGGGGUUGACGGCAUCGCAGGCUUACCCAUUCGGUCAAGAGCAAGCCAGGCAGCACAGCAUUGACGCGGACUUUAGGGCCCUGUGUAGCAGCAAGACAUUUCAUGAGGUGGAGUCCAGCAGCUUUGGUGACGCUGUAGCCCAUGCUACUUCCGCCGAGACUGAUUCCCUGGAGGUGAUUUCAGCUCAGAAGUCCAUGAUCUCAGAGGGGGACAUACUGCAAUAGACGAGGAGAUAAGAAACACCCCACCGUCAGGAUUGGCAUUGAAUGUUGGGAGAGCAGACUGCAUCAAGACGAGUUGUGACAUAACAUUGGUUGACCAACACUGGCAGUGUCAAUAGAGUGGCAUCGCCUUACUAGACAAGUACCCACCUUUUGCCAUUCAUCGUGCGACAAGUCAUUGAGGUCGCCAAAAUUGGAAAAGCGAGUCCAGCCAGCAUUGUUGACGAUGAUAUCGAUCCCCCCCAGCUGUUCGAUGGUUUCCUUGACGACCUGUUGGCAAUCUGCAAUGACACCAAUAUCCUAGGAGCUGGAUUAGUCGGAGGCCAUAUCUGGAUGGACUCAAGGGAGACCCAACAGCUUGAAGGACAAUAGCCUUGACGCCAUAGUCUUUUGCGACUUUCUCGGCGACCUCGACGGCUUUGUCUUUGCUCGCGACAUAAUUGACAGCCACAUUGGCUCCUUCGGCUGCGAACUUGUCGACGAUGACUGCGCCCAAGCCCCUACUCAGAAGGUCAAGAUCUUGUGAUGGCAAAUUUGAAGGGUGAAAUUUACCUUCCGCCGCCGGUCACUAGAACAUUACGACCUUUCAGAGAAUAAGGCAUGGCUGAAGCCAAAUAUCGCCAGUUGAUUAGCUUACUAGAGGGGAAUUGAAGGGGAUGACAAAAAUUUGGAAGUCGACUAUAAGACGGAACUGGGUUGACAGGACUGUGUUGGACUCCGGAUGGGAUAAGAGAGAUUGGUUCUUUCCACUGUACGAUGUUUACUUGGAGAGGCUAAUAAGGUAUCUAUUUUGAUGUUGGUCAGAUUGGAAAAUGGUCUCACGAGAAUCAAUCACUCAUAGAAG